UUUGCAUGACUCAGAUGCAGGAUAGUAGCUUUUCUGGGAAUGACUUUGCCUUUGUGAUGAUUCCUUUGACAUUGACUUGAUUUUUCAGAGAGGAUCUGUCCUUGAGUGCUCUAACUGCUGCUGUUUCUAUUUCAGUGGUCCUCCUACGGAGUGUUUUGUCUACCAUGCUCGAGCCACAGAAGCCCGACUGCCAUCCUCUGAUCAUGGGGAAGGAAGAAAGGUUAUGUGUGUUGAGCUGGUGGCUAAUCGCUUCUUACGCAAGGGAAGCUGGAUUUCACAUUCUCAUUACCAGCUAACAGCUGUUAGUGUCUGAUGAGAAGUACUUUCGGCGUGUGAAAUGGCAAUACAUGGUGUUAGAUGAAGCCCAGGCAAUCAAAAGUUCGAACAGUAUAAGAUGGAAGACACUGCUUAGCUUCAAUUGUCGGAACCGAUUGCUGCUGACUGGUACACCUAUCCAGAAUAAUAUGGCAGAGCUGUGGGCCCUUUUGCAUUUUAUUAUGCCAACCUUAUUUGACAGCCAUGAACAAUUUAAUGAGUGGUUUUCAAAAGGAAUCGAGAACCAUGCAGAGCACGGGGGUACUUUGAACGAGCACCAGCUUAACAGAUUGCAUUCAAUUCUUAAGCCUUUUAUGCUGCGAAGAGUUAAAACAGAUGUAAUUUCUGAGCUGACCAGGAAAACUGAGGUUACAGUGCAUUGCAAGUUGAGUUCUCGCCAGCAAGCUUUUUAUCAGGCUAUUAAGAACAAGAUAUCUCUUGCCGAGUUGUUUGAGGGCAAUCGUGGGCAUCUUAAUGAGAAGAAAAUACUAAAUUUAAUGAAUAUUGUCAUUCAGCUGAGAAAGGUGUGUAAUCAUCCAGAGUUGUUUGAAAGGAAUGAGGGAAGAACAUACCUCCACUUUGGGGAGAUCCCAAAUUCUCUUCUGCCCCCUCCCUUUGGGGAGUUGGAGGACGUGCACUAUGCAGGAGGUCACAAUCCUAUAACAUACAAGAUUGUAUAAGUCAAGUUUUAGGACUUCAUAUUCUGGGUUGGUUGGGCCGGCUUGCUUUCCCUCCUCCUCGAUGUUUAUUAGUUCUUCCACCUCGGCCUCUCUCUUGUGGUGUUUUCCCUAAUUUUGAUUCCAUAUUUGUUCCUCGAGAUAAAGAUGUGUCUAAUUGUGAAGGCUCUGCUGACCUGCAUCAUAGUCCUUCAAUUGUUAAAUUUGAUGAGACGUCAUCACAAAUAUCUUGUCGUGACGCUCAGUCUUCGAGUGAAUUGUCAAUCCCCAAGAGUCCUUAUGUGUUUGGCUAAAAGGUAGCGUAACAACUUUAAACGUGGAUGUGCUUGAGCAGACAGUGUUGCAUGUUCAAAAUCAGCUUCUUACCCGUCUUGAAUCAAUGAAUCCGCUUCAACACGAGUCCAUGACACAGGUGGUGGAAUCUACUUUUAUCGUUUUGGAUCGUCUAUUAGUUAAUUAUACACCUUUUCAAGAGCGUGUGAAGGAGUUCAUUGCCUGUGCAUCAUCAGACAAUGGACAAUUAGCUAUGAGUGUUCUAUUCCAUAUCUUUAUUUUAAAUUUGUUCUGGUAUUGAUGAAACAUUCACAAACUCACAAGAAGUUUAUUGUAGGAAAUACAAAGUUGGUAAUCUCUUGUUAUCAAACACUUGCUGAGAGUAAUAAUGGAAAUGUCUUUUCCCAAUUCUUUUGCACAUUGACCACAAACAUGUAGAAAAACUCACUGAAGCUCUGUUGUUUGCGAGUCUAUAGUUAUAACUAUUGUAAUUAUCACUGUCACAAUGAAACUUAGUAUGUGAAAUUCAUCAUGUACAUGUGUGUAAAAGACAUUUGUCAAAAUAUAAUAAAUAUUCUGAUCUAUCUGCUCAAAAUUACUGCAACAUUUUGCAGGGUGAAAUUCAUCAUGUUGUAAAUCCAGAUCCAUACCAUGGAGUUUUUGGUUCCGAUGCCAAUCGUUAUGCCAAAGAUUUGCAA